AUGUUUCUACCCAUAAGGCUAAAUGACCGAGAUCGCGACAGGGACCGAGAGCGAAAAGUGUCGUCAUCCUCCACCAUCUCUUCCAAAACAAAAUCCAAACCUCGCUCGUCCCACGGUCGGUCCAACCGCUCCUCAACCAAGGAACACGAUCAAGACGCCCCGACGGCCCGCUCCUCGACCCCUACGACUGCCAGCUCCCGCAAACAGCGUCGGUCCUCCAUGCCGGGCGUCGACAGUGCCAGCCGUCCUGUCACGGCUUCCUUCCUCGAGUCGAGGACCAGCUUGCCAUAUCCAACUUUCUCCAAAGCCCAUAGUCGAGAAUCAGUGACCCAGCCGGACAUUCCUACCCCAGACCCGACCGACCUUACCGAAGAAAAUAAAGAAGGGGGGAAGCGACAUAGUCAACACCGCACUGAUACUCAUCAUGCACCGCCUAGCCCACCGCUGACCAGUGUCGAUCAGAAUUCACGCAAAGGAAGCACGGUCGGAGACAAGGAAGAUAAAGAGAAACCAAAGGAAGGGAAGGCCAAGAUUCGGAUCAGAGCUGAGUCGACCAGGUCGUCAUCGAGUCUGCGCUCGAAAAGGGACGACGAAUCUAGAACAAGCAAGACGUUGCGUGCAGACACUCCAUCCUCCAAAACGAAACGGUCUAGUCACGACAAGGAUGUUCCCGCCCGGACAGCGAGUCGCAACUCUACGAAAUCAAGAAUUGUCGAAGAAGCCGCACUGCCCAAACGAUCCUCUUCCAGUCGUGCUGCUCCGGUAGUGUCUCCCCCUCGAUCCCCCGCGACCGUUCGCGAUGUCGGUUCGGAAUCGGCAAACGGGUCAGAUGCGACUAUUGCUGCACAACAGCAGUCGUCAUCUCGCAAGCCGAAGAGUCCUGAGAAACCACCUUCUCGGACCCAGACACGAUCGUCCAUGUCACACCGGCCCAGUAGUCGCACGUCGGCCGAUUUCGCGUUUGACUAUGGUCGACCUCCCACGUCGAACUCGGGCUACGGCACCCCUCCUCCGCCACCUCCUCCGCCCGAGAUGCCUGUUACCAUCCCUCGAGUUGAUUAUCUGCUGCAGAACGGUGGUCUUGACCAUCGAGUGCCAAAGGCCCUUCUGCUGGCCACUGGUACUCCCGAGCAACCGCCCUACCAACCAUUUCAGCCUCAGCUUGCAGCGUCGAAGAUCUUUGACCCAUUCAGUCGUAUACUGGAGGAUUAUCAUAAAGUGAUGGCUAAGAAUGGUUCGCUGGCAGUUGCGACAGGAUAUCGAUCGGUCGCACGUCGGCUGCUUGACCGACUUGAGGCUGUCUUUGCCCGUGACAUCUCGUCAGAAUCAUGUACUUGCUUGAUGUGUGUUCAUGAGCAGCUCGAGCCCGAGGAGCAUCCGUCAGGGGUCAGCUGGGGUGAGGUGUUGGAGUUGGUGUCUGGUCGCCAAGAGCUACCCAACUGGCCGCCCUUCAUGAUGUCGCCGUCAGUCAACGAUGCGGACCUGUCGGGUGAUGAACACAUUCCCAUGCAGAAGAUGGACAUCGACAUCCCAGAGGAAUACCGAGAGCACUUCAUGCGACAGUCGCGCAAGACGAAAGUGACCGUAGACAAAUGGCUUAGUGAGCAAGUUAGCCAGGCCACCAACGCACCGGAUGAGGUGGAUGAUGAAACCCUCACCUUCGCCAUCCUGACACACCUUGGGCCUGAACAGCGUCCGUUAUUCCGCGCACUGCUGGGAAUUCCGGCCGGCUCUCCUACGCCUCAGCCAGACGGAAAGCGUCCGCCACGACCUUCGGCAUUAAUAUCGUCAUCUCUAGCUAUACAGCGUCUCUAUCGACUACCAUCCCUGCCUCGGGACCCAGAGACUGCUAUCUACAUGUUGAAUCACCCGGAACUCCACCACGUACUUGCGACUCUCGCGGCCAUUAGUGAUGACGAAUGGGAAAUUCUGAUCUCAGGUCGCUUUGAUGGAUUCCUCCGCAGCGGCGCAGAGGAUUCCUUUGCAGGGUCCACGUCGCAACGCUGGAGUAGCAGCCGAUCAAACACUCCUUUCACCACCGGUGGCAUUUCUCGAGGUCCGACGCCCAGCCAAAUGGAUCCCAACUCUCGACCAGCCAGUCAGCCGUACGGCAGCGCCGCAUCGCCCGCGAACUUUGGAGGCCCCAUCGCCUUGGAUGAGGAGAUGGAAAUUGCAGCUUUAGCCGAGAUCGAGCGUGACAUCUAUCUCGGGAUGGAAGCUCUCGAGGACGCCUUUGAGGCACUCCAUUGCAAAGCUGAGGUCGUCCGUCGAGCUCUUCGAGAGCGUGGCACGCCAGCAUCCGGGCUGGGCACAUGGGAAGACAGCACCGAAGAUGACGGGUUGGACGAUGACCGAUCCUUGGCCCCCGAUGACUCGGCUAGCAACAUCAGUUCCAAUCGCAGACGGCGACCCAAGCGCCGCACUGAACGACGGACCCCAGCACCAGUCGAAGAGGAAGACGAAGAACAAGACACAUACGACAGCCGACGAGAUCGAGGCUCCAAACGGAGAUAA